GUUAGAUGUAAAUGAACCAAGUUAGCAUAGACAUUACAUGUUUAAAUCUGAAAGCCUGCACUUCUCGCCCAGGUGUGACAUUCCGGGAGUGCCUCAUUGGAACCGCAACCUGACGAGAAGAUGACGGACUCCACGCAGCCAGACUCCACCGCCGUCCCGCACCCGGCUGUAGUUGUGGACCCCGCGGCGGUGAACGGGCAGCGCGAGCAGGCGGACUCCCAGCAGCAGAAGCAGCAGCCCAACACGGAAAGUCAGCGAGAGGGUUUCAGGAUGGACCAGGAGAUGAAGAUAACAGAGAGCAUAGAUGACCGAGGUCUUCUGGAGAGCAGUAUGCGCCUGAAGCCUCAUGAAGCACAGAGUUAUCGAAAGAAAGCUCUGUGGGUGUCCUGGGUUUCCAUUCUGGUCACCAUUGUCCUGGCCAUCGCUGCUUUCACUGUUUCCAUCAUGCGCCACAGUGCUUCAGCUUUCGGAUUUGCUUUUGAUGCCACACUGGAUGUGCUGUCCUCUGUCAUUGUUUUGUGGCGGUACAGCAACGCUGCAGCUGUUCACUCUGCACACCGUGAAUACAUAGCCUGCAUUAUCCUGGGUGUGAUUUUCAUUCUGUCCUCCUUGUGCAUUCUGGGUAAGGCCAUCCACGACCUGGCCACCAAGCUCCUGCCUGAAGUGGAUGACUUCCUUUUCAGUGUGUCCAUUGUUAGCGGCCUGGUGUGUAUCAUCCUGGCUGUGAUCAAGUUCAUGCUUGGGAAAGUGCUCACCAGCCGAGCCCUUAUCACAGAUGGGUUUAACUCACUGGUGGGGGGAAUCAUGGGGUUCUCAAUCCUCAUCAGUGCUGAAGUGUUCAAGCAUGAGCCCAAGGUGUGGUACCUGGACGGGACAAUAGGUGUCCUCAUCGGCCUUAUCAUCUUAGCCUACGGAGUCAAGCUGCUGCUGGACAUGGUCCCACGGGUCCGCCAAACCAGGAACUACGAGCGUUUUGAGUGAUGGACCACAGAGGGAAAGAGGGG